CAUGUGUGUCGCCGCGACCAUGCUGCUGCUCCUAGCCGCCGCCGCCGCCGCCGCCGGUGCAGCCGCAGCCGCCCCUCCGCUCCUCUUCGAGGGCGACCGCUGCCAGACCCGCGGCGGCCAGCAGGGCGAGUGCCGGCUGUUCGAGUCGUGCCGCUCCGCGCUCGAGGACUUCCAGCAGAGGUCGCUGGAGCCGCGGCGCUGCAGCUUCAAGGGCAGCCGGGUGGUGGUGUGCUGCGCCGACCCCGUGCCGCGCCUGUCGCCCAGCCAGGAGGCAUGCUUGUCGUACAGCAACGAGGUGCCCCUGAGGGUGAACCCCCUCAUCCUGGGAGGGACCGCUGCGGACAUCGGGGAGUUCCCGCACAUGGCGGCGCUGGGGUACGUGCGCUCCGGCUCCAGGGAGGUCAGCUGGGACUGCGGCGGCAGCCUCAUCAGUGACCGCUAUGUGCUCACGGCGGCGCACUGCGCCUCCAACUCGCGCAGGCGGCUGGCCGUGGUGCGGCUGGGCGGCACGGACCUGGAGGCGCGCGACGACAACUCGCAGCAGCUCGCCGUGGACAAGGUGGUGCCGCACCCCAGCUACGGCAAGGGCUACCACGACAUCGCGCUGGUGCGGCUGGCCGCGGCCGUCAGGUUCGCCACCAACGUGCUGCCCGCCUGCCUGUACCGGGAGCCCGAGGAGCCGCGGCGAGGUCUCACCGUGGCCGGCUGGGGCGCCACCGACGCGCUGGGCGAGACCAAGAGCCGCUACCUGAUGAAGGCGACGGUGGAGUCGGUGCCGCUGGGCCGCUGCAACCAGACGUACGCCAGGGCGGGCCGCGCGCUGCGCUACGGCGUCACGGCGGACAUGGUGUGCGCCUACGACCCCGACGGCGUCCAGGACACCUGCAGGGGCGACUCAGGCGGGCCGCUGCAGACGGUGACCGGCGAGUGGAGCAACAUGAUGUCGGUGGUGGGCGUGACCAGCAUGGGCCCCGCCUUGUGCGGCAGCUCCGAGCCCGCCGUGUACACGCGCGUGUCCAGCUACGUGGCGUGGAUCGAGGGCGUCGUGUGGCCGCAGUAGUCUCCGUCGCCGCCAGGGAGCAGCACGCUCUCCCCGGGCGUCCAAGCUGCGCUGCGCUCCUUCGCCAAUAUCUCGUUCCCUGUUGAGGUCAUAAGUGCUCCGCCUACCAGGGCACACACACGGUGGCUAGAGCUUCAGAAAUAAACACGAUAUUGGUAACCUGCUCAACAUGUACGAGUGGGGAAUGUUAAUAAAAAACGUUUGAGAAUGCGCUAAAGGCGGAUGAAUAAUUCUGUUAUUGAUUUCGUUUUUUUAACUGUAUUUUAGGACAGUAAAAAAAGGGUAAACACGUAUUUUAAUAGCACAUUUUUGGCAUGAAACACCAUUAUAGAAUUUUGAAAGCACCUAAGGGUCAGGCACUACACCUUUAUCUUCAUUCCCCCGUUGGAUAAUGUUAUGGUUGCCACUAAAAUCUCAUUGUUACCCUGUGCCCGAUUAAAAGACUGCGCGACAGACCACAGCCUUGCGCUUAGAGGCGUAACCGCGCUAUAAGAACCAGCCCACAUAUCAUCCCAUCUCAAAACACAAAUACACACCUUCCUAGGCGGGCUGCUUAAUCCCCGGGAUUUUAAAUGAGCUUAAGGCUGGUAUCACAUUAUGCGUUUCUGCCAUUGCAGCUCAACCAUUCGCAAUGUUUUAUUUUGGAGGGAUGCUAUUUUUAGCAGACCACUUUUCUUAAAGUACAUAAUGCAGAUGUCUUAAGAAUGCACGCAUAAAUUUAUGAAUUCGAACAUGCCAACAAUUCAUCUGGAAUAAAUCUCCGUGUUGAACAUGGCAUCCGCUAGUUGUUUACAUCAAAUUAACCUUUUUUAUACUAAAUAUUUUUUUGUAAACUGUUCAAAAGCCACUAGCAAACAAACAACAUUUAAAUGUUUAAAUAUCUGAUUUUGAAAAUUCUGAUGGAUAAUCGUAAGCCAAUGACAGUCUAAUGUGCAGAAGACAAGACAGUGUCUUUGAAGUCGACGCAGCCAACCUGCGGCACUGCUGCAUGGGGAGCCACAUUACCUCGCGUGCCACACACACGGAGUGUUGUGUAUCGCACCCAGCCUCCCCACUGGUGUCGAGCCGCUCAGCACUGUACCUGGGGCACUGCGCCGGCGCCUGCCCGUGGUAGGCCUCCGCGAGUCAAGUGUCCCCUCGCCUCUGCGGUGCUUCCAACUGCAUCCUGGCGCGCGGCGGCGAGAGCGUACAGUCGCGGGCAAGACCGGCACGCGUCCGCAGCACUUCUGCGCCAGUCGCUGCCACUGGCCAGCCGGCUCCGCGCCGCUUACUGCUGCCGACGACGGAACACGGAACUAAUUGAAGAGAUACAUAGAUCGUUAUACAGCUAGGAAGGCCAAACAACACCAUGGGAUGUUAUUUUAAUAAAACAAGUGCUAGUAGUUUUCCAGUUUAUUUCAUGACGAAUAUAACGCACCAGGUAAUGGUGCGUAAAACUGUUAAAAACCAGAUUCAUACCAUGGUAUUUUCAUAAAAACAUAUGGUUUUGAAACAGCUGUGCAGUUUUUCAUCUAAAUUAUGUGACUUCAGGUCAUGGCCACGGAAUCUGUUUAAAAUGGAAUCAAACAUGACCUCCCAUAAGCUAUGUAUAAUUAUGUAUCUAGCACAAUCAUCACAAGGAGGUGUAUAUGUGUCUUUACGCCGUUUGCGAUUAAUCCACCGUGAUUAAAUACGCGAUAGAGGACCUCAAACUAAUGGCAACCAUUCAGUCAUCAGUAGUAAGAUCCCAGCCUGGAUCAUUGAAGCACGGAGUUGACUAUCAAAUUCUUCCACCAUUUUACAUGAUUAGGUAAGCGGAGUGAAGUCAGCUAGUAAGACGCACCACGCUUUCUAGAGUUAUCCUGCCUAAUGUGGAGACCGUUGAAUUUUGAGAAAUAUUUCGACUGAUUGGUUGGCUUUGUAAUACUGUGUGUACACUUGCAAUGUUCUGAAUUCGUCCCGAUAAGUAAGAACUAAUUUAGUACUCAAGCAGGUGAUACAAAUAUUUAUGUAUUACUGAACGUAUAUGAUUUGAUUGAAAAAAAAUUCACGCUUUGUGAAAUUUAACUCUAGCACUAUACCAGCAUUAAGAAUCAGCUUCUUAUUUUGAAUAAUAUCUUGGCACAAGAUAUUUUCGUGAAAUACAAUUGUCUCCAGCCUUAUAACUGUUAUUUGGCUUUCGGAUUUUAAUGCACUUCUUUGUAAUUUAAUGGAUUACGGUUUUAACAAAAGUGAAAUAUCUCCAAGUUGAAGAGUGUCGCUCUACCUUAAGGAUUAUCGUCUAAUCAAAUAUAGCAUACUGAAUAAAUAUUAGGCGUUCUUCCUUAUACAGAAUAAUCUUGAAAUUACAUGUCUGCGUGAGGUUACACUAUGUCAUGUGCAAAUUAUCUCUUGAUAUUUGUAACAGAUGUGAAUUGAAGGUAAUUUUAGGCAAUUAUCCUUAAAUCAACUGCUAAUGGACUAAUGUUAACAUAAGUGUCAAUGAAGUUUCUCAUCUAACAAAAUGAAGUCAUGACCAAUGCGAUCUUGAAUACAAUGUGCCAUGUUGCUGUAAUUAAAAUGUGAUUUGUGGUUAUUGGAGAACAAUAUUUGUCUGUUUAUGAUAGUUAUUUAGUUCCAGGUAAAUGAAAUCUCUGAUUAGAUUACCGACAAAGGUCAUUAUUAGCCCCAACAUUAAUUUUUUUAUUGUUCUACUUAGUUUGCAGGGGAUUAGAAAAAAUAUGUAUUUGUACAAUGGCAGUUUUCAGAAUAAAAGUAAUUUUGUUGUAUUGCUCUGAAAUGUUUUUAAGCUAAGGUAUUAACCUUUUUCUAAAGAGUUGUCAAUUAUGAAAUUUUAUUUGUGUAAUAAUGUUUAAAGGCAAAAAUUCAUUCAAAUCUUUUACAUUGUUUAAACAUUGUGGAAAAAAAUACUGAAAAAUACGGAAAACUUGUGAUCAUACUUGAAUGAAAUUUGUGUUCAUAGCACCCUUUAGUAAUACUAAGUAUGUCUAUGAAAAUUAGAGUAUUAAGUACCACUAAAAUGUAAAUGUGUAUGAGAUAAGGAUAACGUUUUUGCCUUGGAAAGCUGUACUGGAGAAGAGUCAAACUUAAUCAGCAAAUGGGACACUAGAAAAGUGCUCUUCUUAUCUGCAAUUGUUUUUUUAUGAAAUGCAAAGCCAGUGAACUAGAGUGUAGCUAUUAAUAGUAUUGCUCUAAUAUAAUAUUAAAAAUAUAUCACAGUUUGUUUUCUGCUUAAAUAAGUUAUCAUCAAUAAAAAGUAAUUCUGAGAAUCAGUGCCGUAUUAUGUAAGAAGGAAGCUCUAAUUUCAUUCAGAAUAUUUACAUAUAUGUCCAUAAAAAUUUCAUGUAUAUUAGUAUAUUUAUUUGUUGGAAAUAUUUGUGUUUAUUUAUUUCUAUUUAUUAUAAUAAAACUAAAAAAAAAUC